AUGAUUAAGAAGGAAGUGAGACUCCUAUUAUUAUCUGCUAAAAAGUUUAUUGAUCAACUUCCUUAAUAAAAAUAACAAAGGGCAUCGAUAAACCUAAUGAAAAUCGUAUAGGAAGCUAAACCUGAGGAAUAAAUAAUAAAAGAGAUUCAAUAUUAAAUAAAUUUUCUGAAGUUAACUAAUCCCAAUAUUCAGUACUAAUAGAUCACUUAGGAAGAGGAAUCUAUUCAAGAAAAAAUCAUUUAGAAGUUUAAUGAGUAAUAGGAAUAAUAGUAAAAGACUGAGGAUAUUGAUCUGAAGAAAGGUACUUAUAUUUAUUAAAAUGGAAAUUUGGUAUAAGGAUAAGCUGAAAAAAGAAAGGAAGUUGAUUAUUCUAAUUGGUAUGCAGCUAAUGUUGAUCCCGAUGAUUUGAAAAAACAUAAAGAAUUACUGGAUAGAUAGCAUUUUAGUGGUCCUUUUUGGGAAGGGAAGCCAAUGCCAAAGUCUAUUUUAGAUGAAGAGAAUCCAAACACAUUAAUGUAUAGUGAUGAACGUCCAGAAAAAGAGUUGAAUCCAAAUUUGAAGCAGGAGAGGUCAGGAAAAUUUGAAAAAGUUAAAAGAUGA